CGGGAAACUGAAACUUGUAAAACUUUCUUCGCUGAAAUCUUCCUGGUAGGUUCGCUGUGUCGCUAGAUCUAUUUUUGACAGUGCUGCCUGUGUUUGAUUUAUUUCCAUUUAUUUCUAGAUUAAGACCAGGACCUAGGGGAGGAUGCAGGUCGGCCUGAGGGUGGUCAGGGGACCAGACUGGAGGUGGGAGGACGCUGAUGGAGGUGAAGGUCACGUGGGGACCGUGGUGGACAUUGGAGGAGGUCAGCAGACGACAGUUCCAGACAAGUGUGUCACGGUCGUCUGGGAUGCUGGCACGGUGAAAAAUGUGCGGGCAGGUUUCCAGGGGGCGUUUGAUCUGCUAGUCUUGGACAAUGCCCAGUGUGGUGUUAAACAUCCGGGGAUCUUGUGUACUGAAUGCCUGACCCUGGGCUUCGCUGGGUUCCGGUGGCGCUGUAGUCAGUGUCAGGACGUCAACCUGUGUACGUCAUGUUACAUGGAGGAUAGACAUGACGUCAAGCACGUCUUCUGUCGCCACGAUACCCCCACCUCCCAGGGCCUCGAGGUGCCCCGUCGCUGUGACAAUGCCGGGCAGAGAGUGGAGGCAUUUGGUCUGUUCGUGGGAGCCGCGGUUUGUAAGGGCAGAGACUGGCCGCCCAUGCCCCAGGAUGCACGAACAGGGAACCAGGGUGUCGUGGCAGAGCUGAGUUGGGAUCGAACCUCGGCCGUCGUGGCCUGGCAGUCUGGGGAGAGAAUCACGUGCCGUGUGGGACAAAAGGGCAAGGUCGAUCUAAAGUGUGUCAAGGCCAGCAGUGGGGGAUGGUACUACAGGAACCAGCUGCCAGUUCUAGGUCAAACUGACGUCGUGACGGCGCCGGACCCAGCACGUGACGAGUCACGUGACCUGGAUGCCCAGCGCGAGCUGUUCAUUCGUCACGCGCUGCUGCAGGCUCUCAUCCCUGGGGCCAUAGUGCGGCUCAUGGCCCGUGAGGACGUCACUCUAGGCUUGGCAGGGCCACCACCUGCAGCACAGGCCCCACCCCCCACAGACCGGGGGCGGAACAAGAGCUGUGUGGGCUACCGUGUGGUGCACGGGCCGGACAUGCCCGUGGGUGGGGAUGUGGGGGACGAGGGCAUCGUGGGCACCGUGAUCCAGGUGGAGGAGAGUCAUGUGACGGGGCAGCAGGGCAGGCUCGUGCAGGUGGUGUGGGACAACGGCAAGACGUCAAGGUCAAGGUCAGGUCAAGACGGGAAGUUUGACCUCCGUGUGCUGGACACAGCCCAAAGCGGUGUCAUCCAGCCUUUCAUGUGUAACGAAUGUCAGGUUGACAUCUCAGGGAUACGCUGGAGGUGCCAGCUCUGUCAGGAUUAUGACUUGUGCUCCAGCUGCUACAUGACUGAUAAACAUGACUUAAGUCAUCCGUUUGUUCGAGUAGACGGUCCUUCCAAUCAAAGAUGUGCCGUCCCCAGACGAUGUGAGAGCCAACAGGAGCGGCUCCAGGCUCGCGGCAUUUUUAUUGGCGCCACAGUGGCUCGUGGGCCACACUGGAAGUGGGCUAACCAGGAUGGCGGAGAGGGCGGGCAGGGUCACGUGACCGAGGUACGGGACUACGCCACUGGCUCCUACAGGAGCGGGGUCAAAGUUCAAUGGUCAGCCGGCUCGGACAGUGUGUGUCGUGUGGGUCACAGAGCCAAGGUCGACCUGAAGUGUCUGACGCCUGCGGCUGGAGGGUUUUACUACAGGGACCAUCUGCAGGUCUUAGGUAAACCCUGCGAACCCUACUACAAGAGAGGGGAGAGGGUGGUGUGUGUCAGCAAUCUGGAGAGCCUGAUGAUGGUGCAGGGGUCACGCUUCCGGUGGGUGGGGGACGCUUCUAAGUUCAUAGGUCGCAUAGGAGUCAUUGAGUCAGUUCUUCUCAACGGUGACGUGCUGGUGGAUUACGAGAAAGUGACGCAGGUCUUUAGCCCUGACGCCAUUCUCAAGGUCAUGUGCAGUCCUGAUGACGUCAGCCAGGUGCUAAAGAGCGCCGUGGUGCAGGCGGCCGUCCAGGAGGGCGCUGACCUCUCUCUGCUGGUGCCAGCCAUCGAGGUCAGGCUGACCUACGGCCUCGGGGCCUUCACCUCCACGUCUGAGCUGAUGGAGGCCGUCGACAGCAACAGGUCAACGACCUCUGGGGACUCAGCAGCAGACGACGCCAGUGCCGGCCAGAGCCAGUGUAAAGUCUGUCUGUCACACGACGCAUGCGCGGCGUUUGUUCCCUGCGGACACAUCGCCUGCUGCAUCACGUGCGCUGACACCAUGACGUCAUGUCCUAUAUGUAGGACACCGGUCAAGAUUAGAUUACGUACCUACAUGUCGUGAGCAGGUUUAGCAGACAUGUCGUGAGCAGGUUUAGCAGACAUGUCAUGAGCAGGUUUAGCAGACAUGUCAUGAGCAGGUUUAGCAGACAUGUCAUGAGCAGGUUUAGCAGACAUGUGAGCAGGUUUAUCAUACAUGUAUUAGGUAUCCUGAGUUCACGUCUAGCUGGUGUUUUUUACAUGCAGGUGGUUUAGCAGCUGCUAAAAAAAUUAGAUUAGAAGGGCUAUAAAUAGAUUAUGUUCAACUUUUAUAGUGAAACGUUAUUAAUUAAAUAGUUACAAUUUGUAAUCAAACAUUUUUGAAGCCCUAUCUUAUAAAAACAGACGAUAGCGUCUAAAUGUUAGAAAGAUGGAAUACACACUUUUAGCGUGGUCACAAAUGUUUAGAAUGACAGAAACUGUUUUACACCGAUCUAGCGAAUUAGAUCAAACACAAAAUUAUUUUAGUUUAACUACAAGAUUUAAACAAUCCGACACAGCAUUAUUUUAAAGUACAGAUAAAUUUAAAUCAUUGAGUUCAUAAUUCAUAACAUAUUUUACAGUGAUAAAAUGUUUUUAGGAUUAUCAAAUACGGCGUAUGACAAAUGUUUUGUACAAUAAUCGUUAAAAAUUUCCGAACCAGUAUUUGAAAAUGUUAAAAAUAAAAGGUUUAGAGUUUGAAAGAUAGAUCUAAACCGUUUUCCCUGAGAACUAACGUAUAUAAAUUUAUUUAAGUCAUUUUAUGAGAGUAAUGGAUAAGACGAUUUUAAAAUGAUUUUUGUUAAUAUUUUCUGUCAGUUAAAGACAUGAUAGACAAUAAUUAAGAAUUUCAAAAUGGUCAAAUAUACUUUUACGAAACUGCAAGCAUAAUAUCUUAUAAAUAUCAAAUGUAAAUUUAACUAUGAUCAAAUACAAUAUGUUUUAUGAUUAAAUGUUUAUAUGUACGAAAAUAUAUUUCAUUUGUAAAACAUUUUUGUUGCAUUAAAUGUCUACAAAAAGUUAAAAAAAAAUGUAUAUUGCAAAAUAAAAU